AUGUAUCAUCUUUCAACUUCAAACUCAAAUGUAACAUAUUCGAUGUUUCUUGAAAACUAUGCCUUUGUUUCUACUGAAUGGGGUCUUUUGCUUACAGAAGCAAAUGAUUUGACAGUAAAUCAAUGUGUCUUUUUGCGAAAUACUGCAUCAUUUACUUUUGCAACUUAUAAAGGUGGAACAAUGACAGUAAUUCAUUGUUCUGGUGAUACAUUGACAAAUUCUGGAUCAGUUGAUGCUGCAUUGAUGAGUACAGAGUCAUUUGAAAUUAAAUAUCAGGUUAAUUCACAAGGCAAAUGUGGUUUUGGAUUUACAUACAAUUCCUCAACAAAAAAGAUUGAAGAAACAGAAGAAUAUGAGCCUAGAAAGAAGUCAAACUUAUCAUUUGUUUGUUAUCUUGCAUCAAUUUAUUAA